CCCGUCACUUCCUGCCCAGCCCCAAGUAAGCCCUGCCGGGUGGCGGCGCCGACGGCGACGUCCGAGCCAUGGUCGCCCUGGAGAACCCCGACGGCGGCUCGGAGGCGGCGGGGGACGCCCGGGGCGGGCGAAGGACGCUGCACUUUCCAGGAUGCCUGCCCAAUCUAGCGGGAUCCCAAGUGAAGAGGUUCUCAGCCUCCAAGCGAAAGCAGCACUUCAUCAACCAGGCUGUGAGGAACUCAGACCUUGUGCCCAAGGCCAAGGGGCGGAAGAGCCUCCAGCGCCUGGAAAACACCCAGUACCUCCUGACCCUGCUGGAGACAGACGGGGGCACAUCUGGUCUUGAGGAUGGGGACCUGGCACCCCCUGCAGCACCUGGCAUCUUCGCAGAGGCCUGCAACAAUGAGACCUACGUUGAGGUCUGGAAUGACUUCAUGAACCGCUCCGGGGAGGAGCAGGAGCGGGUCCUCCGCUUCCUGGAGGAUGAGGGCAAGAGCAAGGCACGGAGGAGGGGGCCUAACCGGGGGGAGGAUAGGCGGAGAGAGGACCCGGCCUACACCCCGGGAGAGUGCUUCCAGCGCAUCAACCGGCGUCUUCGAGCAGUCCUCAAGCGGACCCGCAUCCCCAUGGAAACACUGGAGACCUGGGAGGAGAGGCUGCUGAGGUUCUUCUCUGUGUCCCCCCAAGCCGUAUACACGGCCAUGCUGGACAACAGCUUUGAAAGACUUCUGCUCCAUGCCAUCUGCCAGUAUAUGGACCUUAUCUCAGCCAGUGCUGACCUGGAGGGCAAGAGGCAGAUGAAAGUCAGCAAUCGUCACCUGGACUUCCUGCCGCCUGGGCUGCUGCUGUCUGCUUACCUGGAGCAGCGCAGCUGAUGGCUGCCCUGCCUACCUGCCCCCCUCCCUCACCAAGACUUCCCAUAGCAUCUGCUAAAAUAUGUUUGUUAUUUUUAGAAUUUGUCUUUGAAGAUGUGCCCCCCCCCCUUGGGUAGCAGUCUCUCACCAUGGCUCCAGCCCAGCCCAGCUCUCCCAGGUGAACAGCUGGCAGCUGGGGCUGUCCCAGACUAUCCUGGGGCCCCAUAGCUCCCCACUCUGGGACUUGUAUUUGGAUGGGGAGACCUGGCCUGUUCACUUUCAUGUUCCUUCUUCAUUCAGUUUUUUGGGCCCAGUCUGAAGCUUAAGUGAGGAGUGGCUGGGUUUUUUAAUCACUUAAUUCGGCGUGAUUUGUUAUAGAUUUUUAAAUUUCCCAUUUGGGAAGAAAAACUAUAUACUUGCCCCAACUGAUAAACUUGGGGGCUUUAUUCUAGUCCCUGCUUUACCCCCUUCCAGUUUUUGGCUAGGAUAGGGAGGUCUCUGGGGUGCUGCCCAGGAGCAUUAUGUCCUCUGUGUAUGUGUGUGUGUGUGUGUGUGUGUGUGUGUGUGUGUGUGUGUCUGUCUGUCUGUCUGUCUGCGUGCGCGUGUGCAUGCCAGUGCCCCGUGACCCAAGACAAGCUGUGGCUUAAAGGCUGGUUUUACCCUCUUUGGAAUGUGUGUCCCCUGGUGCCUUUUUGUGGCUCUUGAGGCCACACCUGCUCUACAACUCCCCUCUUUUAAUACUAGGGGUCUGGGACUUUCAGCCAGAAGCUCCUGCCCUCAGACUGCCACUUUCCCCUCUCCAUGUCCCCUCACCUUCUCCAUCCCCCAGCCUGGCUCUAGCCUGUUGGUUUGGGGUUGUCUCCUGCUGGUCACCUAGACCUGGUCCAGAAGAGCAGGGCUGGGGGACACUCCACUCCCGUGUAUUAGUUGCGCAUUUGGGAAAGUGAAGAGUUCAAUAAAUUUCUGGUGCUCUGGUC